AUGAGCCCGCUGCGGGGGUGGCUGCUGGCCGCGCUGCUCUCGCUCGCCCCGCGGGCAGGUCCUGCCACGCAGGCCGGAGCUCUGCCGCGGAGGCUCCCACGGGCCGCAUGGCAAGAAGGGCGGGUGGUCUCCCAAAUCACCCACCCCAGCCGGCUGGUGGGGCGGAGCUCAGGCGGAGAAGUCCCAAAGCAUCAGUUGGACACCAGGGUCAGGCAUGAGCCCGGAGGAGGAGGAGGAGGAGGUGGAGGACCCGGGCUGCACCUGGCACAGGUGAGCUUCGUGGUGCGUGCCUUCGGCUCAGCCUUCACCCUCGAUCUCCGGCUGAACCACCACCUCCUCGCCUCUCACUACGUGGAGCGGCACGUCGGCGCGGGCAUCAACAGCAGCCAGAGCACGGGCGCGGGGGAGCACUGCUACUACCAGGGCCGGAUCCGGGGGCAGCCCCGCUCCUUCGCCGCUCUCUCCAGCUGCCAGGGCCUGCGCGGGGUCUUCUCGGACGGCCGAGCCACGUAUCUGAUCGAGCCCCAGGCGGGCGCCGAGCACGGGCAGGGCCUUCGACCGCACGUCGUGCAGCGCGUCCCCAGCUGCCCCAGACUGGGCUGCCUCUUCCCUGCGCUGAGCCAGCGUGUCCCGGGUGGGAUACCAAAGCUGCGGCGGAGGCGGCAGGUCCGCCGAGCCCAGCACACGGUGCACAGCGAGACCAAGUACAUCGAGCUGGCCGUGGUGAAUGACCAUCAGCUGUUCCUGCAGCUCCGCAAGUCUGUAGUUCUCACCAGCAACUUCGCCAAGUCCGUGGUCAACCUGGCUGACAUGAUCUACAAGGAGCAGCUCAACACCCGCAUCGUGCUGGUGGCCAUGGAGACAUGGGCGGCCGAGGACCGGAUCCGGAUGGGGCAAGACUCCCUGGAGACCCUGAACGAGUUUGUGAAGUACCGGCGGGAGGGGCUGGCAGAGCACAGUGACACCGUGCACCUCUUCUCGGGUCGGACGUUUCAGAGCAGUCGCAGCGGCACCGCCUUUGUCGGGGGCAUCUGCUCCUCUGCCCGCGCCGGCGGCGUCAACGAGUACGGCAACGUGGCGGCCAUGGCAGUGACACUGGCACAGACACUGGGGCAGAACGUGGGCAUGAUGUGGAACAAGCACCGCACGGCCGCAGGGGACUGCCGCUGUCCGGACUCGUGGCUGGGCUGUAUCAUGGAGGACACAGGGUACUACCUCCCACGGAAGUUCUCCCGCUGCAGCAUUGAUGAGUACAACCAGUUCCUGCAGGACGGUGGCGGCAGCUGCCUCUUCAACAAACCCCUGAAGCUCCUGGACCCUCCGGAGUGUGGCAAUGGCUUCGUGGAGGCAGGCGAGGAGUGCGACUGCGGCUCGCUGGCGGAGUGUGCGAGGAGUGGGGGAAAUUGCUGCAAGAAGUGCACCCUGACCCACGACGCCAUGUGCAGUGAUGGGCUCUGCUGCAAGGGCUGCAAGUACGAGCCACGUGGGGUGUCCUGCCGAGAGGCUGUGAACGAGUGUGACAUCCCUGAGACCUGCACCGGGGAUUCCAGCCAGUGUCCCCCCAACCUCCACAAGCUGGAUGGAUACUUCUGUGAGAACGAGCAGGGACGAUGCUACGGCGGGCGCUGCAAAACUCGGGACCGUCAGUGCAACGCGCUGUGGGGCCGCAGCUCGGCCGAGCGCUUCUGCUACGAGAAGCUGAACGUGGAGGGAACGGAGCGGGGGAACUGCGGGCGCGAAGGCCUGGGCUGGCUGCAGUGCAACAAGCAGGACGUCCUGUGUGGCUUCCUCCUCUGCGCCAACAUCUCGGGGUCGCCGCGCCUGGGGGAGCUCAGCGGGGAGAUCGCCACCACCACCUUCUACCACCAGAACCGCUACGUGGACUGCAGGGGCGGCCACGUGCAGCUGGUGGACGGCUCGGACCUGAGCUACGUGGAGGACGGGACGCCCUGCGGGCCCGGAAUGCUCUGUCUCGACCGCAAAUGCCUUCCAGCCACCGCCUUUAACUUCAGCUCCUGUCCUGGCAGCUGGGACGGGAAGAUCUGCUUCGACCACGGGGUUUGCAGCAACGAGGGGAAGUGCAUCUGCCGGGCGGAGUGGACGGGGAAGGACUGCAGCGUCUACGACCCCAUUCCUGAGCCGAAGCCGACGGGGGAGACGGAGCGAUACAAGGGUCCCAGUGGCACCAAUAUCAUUAUCGGCUCCAUCGCGGGGGCCGUGCUGGUGGCUGCCAUCGUCCUAGGGGGGACAGGCUGGGGAUUUAAGAACAUCCGCCGAGGAAGGUACGAUCCGGCGCAGCAGGGAGUGUAA